CCCCCGCCCAGCUGGCGGCCGCCCCCGGCAGGCACUUCUGAGAGGAGAAGAGAAGGGAGCAAGGACCGAGGGAGGGGCGACGUACUUCCUGAACCGCCUGCACACCCUGGGUCGCGAGCUCGGCCUGCCCUGCGCCGCGAUGUCCGGAGGGUCAGCCAGGAGCCUAGCGAAGGGAAGCGCGCCCCCGGGGCCGGUCCCCCAGGGCCUGAUCCGCGUCUACAGCAUGAGGUUCUGCCCGUUCGCCCAGAGGACGCUCCUGGUCCUGAAGGCCAAGGGAAUUGGGCAUGAAAUCAUCAACAUCAACCUGAAAAAUAAGCCUGAGUGGUUCUUUACGAAGAAUCCCUUUGGUCUGGUGCCAGUUCUGGAAAAUAGUCAGGGUCAACUGAUCUAUGAAUCUGCCAUUACUUGUGAGUACCUGGAUGAAGCAUAUCCAGGGAAGAAGCUGUUGCCAGAUGACCCCUAUGAGAAAGCUUGCCAAAAGAUGGUCUUUGAGUUAUUUUCUAAGGUUCCCCCUUUGGUAACAAGCUUCAUUAGAAGACAAAAUAAUGAAGACGGCUCUGGCCUAAAAGAAGAAUUGCGUAAAGAAUUCAGCAAGUUAGAGGAGGUUCUGACCAAUAAGAAGACAACCUUCUUUGGUGGCAAUUCUCUUUCUAUGAUUGAUUACCUCAUCUGGCCCUGGUUUGAACGGCUCGAAGUUCUGGAGUUAAAUGAGUGCGUAGAUCACACUCCAAAACUUAAGCUCUGGAUGGCAGCCAUGAGGGAAGAUCCUGCAGUGUCCUCCCUCCUCAUUGAGGCGAAGGCCUUUCGAGGUUUCUUAGAUCUCUACUUGCAGAACAGCCCUGAGGCCUGUGAUUAUGGGCUCUGAUGGGGGCAGGAGUCAGCCAUGAAGAGAUGUCUGAUAUUUUCCUUCACGAAUAUGAGGAAAACAUGCUUUCAUUUUACCAAAUGCUCUCAUGUCUCAUUGGAUCACCUUCUCUGAUUUGACAUCGUGGCUUAAGGCCCUUAAGGCCUUCCUACAUAAAUGUAAGCUCACAUGCUUCUAAGGGUUUUAUCAUAGUUUCUGCUGAAAAUCUCUAAAUCAUCAUCUCUGGUGAGAACUGGACUUCAAUCUAGAUUUCUUCCUGCCCAUAGGACAUUUCCACUUGGAUACUCUGUUGUUUCUACAGCUGCCUUCUCAAGUUUUCAAUUCCUCAUUCUUUUCUUUCCAUCAACUUAAUUUCACUACCUUUUUUAUUCCCAUCGUCACCACUUAAGACCAGACUAAUAACACCUCAAAGUUAGGUGACUAAGUGUCCUCCUAUUUGGUUUCCCCGUCUUCAAUCUCAAUGCCCUUCAAAUUCUUCGUACCAACUCCCAUGCUGGGCACAUGGCAGGUAUCCCAUAAAUGUAACUAAAUACUGUGAAGGGGCGCCUGGGUGGCUCAGUCAGUUAAGCUUCUGACUUCAGCUCAAGUCACUAUCUCAGGAGUUCAAGCCCUGCGUUGGGCUCUGUGCUGACAGCUCAGAGCCUGGAGCCUGCUUUGGAUUCUGUGUCUCCUUCUCUCUCUGCCCUAUCCCCUUCCAAAGAUAAACAUUAAAAAAAAAAUUUUUUUUUUUAAAUAAUGUGGAGACCACAUCUAUCAAUUCCGGUGUAAGUCUGGAUAAGUAAUUCAGAAAUAUUAAUGCUAUCUUCCAUAGCCCACCGAGCUUCUAUUUAAUUUUUAUCAUCACAUUACUUCCAUUAGAAGAAGGUAGGUCAGGGGCACCUGGGUGCCUCUGUUGGUUAAGGGUCCAACUUGGGCUCAGGUCAUGAUCUCUCUGCUCUUGAGUGCAAGCCCCCCUUCGGGCUCUGUGCUGACAGCUUAGAGCAUGGAGCCUG